CAUUUUUUUAUAUAAAAAAAAUCUUUUUGUUUUUAAUUAGAAAGAGGAGAAGCAAAAUUAAUACAUAUAUGGGAUUUGAAUUUAUUGUGACUUUGUUGUUUGCCUAAGAAAAAGCGAAAACACCAAAAAUGACACUCAACUUUUUUCUCUUCUUCUUCCUCUUCCUCUUCAUCCUCCUCCGUGUCUCCGCCGGAGCAGACCCUAAUUACUUCAACUCAUUACUUCCUUCCGAUGCCGUUGCUUUACUCUCUUUCAAAUCCACCGCCGAUCUCGACAACAAGCUUUUGUAUUCCCUCACUGAGCGUUACGACUACUGUCAGUGGCGCGGCGUCAAAUGUGCUCAAGGUCGCGUCGUUCGCCUUGUUCUCUCCGGCGUUGCUCUCCGUGGCUACUUCUCUUCCUCUACUCUCAGCCGUCUUGACCAGCUCCGAGUUCUUAGUCUCGAGAAUAACUCGCUCUUUGGUCCCGUUCCUGAUCUCUCGCCUCUCGUUAACCUCAAGUCUCUCUUCCUUAGCCGGAAUCAGUUUUCCGGUGCUUUCCCUCCCUCCAUCCUCUCUCUUCACCGGUUGAUGGUUCUCUCUCUCUCUCGCAACAACUUCUCCGGUUCGAUUCCGUCUGAGAUCAACGCUCUUGACCGCUUAACUUCAUUAAAUCUCGAGUUUAACCGGUUUAACGGAACCCUCCCGCCGAUGAAUCAGUCGUUCCUGACGUCAUUCAACGUUUCCGGUAACAAUCUCACCGGCGUCGUUCCCGUCACUCCGACUCUGUCCCGAUUCGAUGCGUCGUCGUUUAGGUCCAACCCUGGACUCUGCGGCGAGAUCAUCAACCGAGCUUGCGCUUCACGCUCGCCCUUCUUCGGAUCCACUAAUAAAACGAAGUCGUCGGAAGCUCCGUUAGGUCAAAGCGCUCAGGCGCAGAACGGCGGUGCGGUGGUAAUAUCUCCGGUGGUUACGAAGAAGAAAGGUAAAGAGAAUGGGUUAGUUCUUGGCUUCACCGCUGGUCUCGCUUCGCUUAUCGUCCUUGGUCUUUGCCUCGUCGUGUUCUCUCUGGCGAUAAAGAAACGAAACGACGAUGGAAUGUACCAACCAAAUCCAAAAGGAGACACGUCUUCCUCACAACAUCAAUCGCAAAUCCAAACCCCAAGAACCAGAACCGUUCCGGUUAUGAACUCGGAUUCUGAAUCUCAGAAGCGAGAGAAAGAGGUUCAGUCACUACAAGCAACGGAGCAGCUACAAAGCCGAAUACCAAAUAGUGGGAAUCUUGUUUUCUGUGGUGAAUCGAGGAGUCAAGGGAUGUAUACGUUGGAGCAGCUUAUGAGAGCUUCGGCGGAGCUGUUGGGAAGAGGAUCAGUGGGGAUUACCUACAAGGCGGUUCUUGAUAAUCAGCUUAUCGUCACGGUGAAGAGACUAGACGCCGCUAAAACGGCGGUCACGAGUGAAGAAGCGUUUGACAAUCAUAUGGAGAUUGUUGGUGGACUCAGACACUUGAAUCUUGUUCCCAUUAGAGCUUACUUUCAAUCUAAUGGAGAGAGGCUCAUCAUCUACGAUUAUCAUCCCAAUGGUAGUCUAUCCAAUCUCAUUCACGGUUCAAGAUCGUCAAGAGCAAAGCCAUUACAUUGGACAUCAUGUCUAAAGAUUGCAGAAGAUGUAGCUCAAGGCUUAUAUUACAUCCACCAAACCUCGGCAGCAUUAGUCCAUGGAAACCUAAAAUCCACAAACAUUCUCCUGGGACAAGACUUCGAAGCCUGUUUAACAGAUUACUGCCUCAGUGUCUUAACAGACUCGUCUGCUGCCUCACCUGAUGAUCCUGACUCAUCCGCCUACAAAGCCCCUGAGAUCAGAAAGUCAUCCCGCAGACCAACUUCAAAAUGUGAUGUUUAUUCGUUUGGUGUAUUGAUCUUUGAGCUUUUGACCGGUAAGAACGCAUCGAGGCAUCCGUUUAUGGCGCCUCACGAUAUGCUUGAUUGGGUUAGAGCAAUGAGAGAAGAAGAGGAAGGAACAGAGGACAAUAGGCUUGGGAUGAUGACUGAAACAGCUUGUCUCUGCCGUGUGACAUCGCCAGAACAAAGACCAACGAUGAGACAAGUGAUUAAGAUGAUUCAGGAGAUUAAGGAGAGUGUGAUUGCUGAAGAAAACGAUCCGUUCCGGUAAAACAAAAAACAUCCGGUAGGUUCCCUCCCGAACAAUUUUCCGAGCGGAGGGGGUUAAUUUUAGAUAAAGGAGAACAUAGGGCUCGUAAAUGUAAUUUUCUUAGGAUGUGAGGUCGGAAUUGUAAUACCGUUGGAAUUUAGAGGACAAAAGUCAAAGAAGUAUGCUUUUUUUUUGCCUUUUCCGUGGAUGAUAUCAACCGUUGAAGAUUGGAAUUUUUUUUACCACAAAUAAUUGUGGAUU